CGGGUAUCGCUUUCGCUAUCGUUCCCAGCUUCCAACGCUACACAAGCCUGCAUCCCCAUACACUUUGAGAUCGGCGAACAUAUCGUUAUUAUUCAUUGGGAGCAACAGACCCAGUAGUUUGGUUCGGCGAUUUAGCUUCGGUGUGACAGCCUUACUUUUAUGAGGGUCUUAUGAGGUUGAUAGACUUAUAAAAGGCCUACUCGAACCCCCAUACACUUGAUCUCUCUCUUCUGCUCACGAUAGUUUUUCCCAAGGACGAAUGAAGUUAGCAUUGGCCCACCUACACCUUACAUACAUACAUGGUAAAUACGACGGUAGCCACAGACCUAUAAGAAGAUGGAUUGUGGCAAACGGGCUUAUCGCGCUGUGCCGCGCCGCAUUUGGAUCGGCCCGUUCGAUCCAAACGGAUUCACGCUGAUGGACGUUUCCCCAUCUCUGGUCGGCAUCGUCAGUUGAAUGGCCUGGAGUCGGCAAUGAAUUAAUUCAAGCUGGUAUCAUAACUACGAUGAACUAGCGAGGACGCAAGAUCGAGUUGAAGGAUAUUAUUAGUGCUGACGUAGUACAUACCGCAAGUCAUCGCAGUCUUAUACUCCAGCCUUGUCGGUAUGAACGACAGUAGCACGCAAGAGCACAAGCCACGCGGUCCGCGGCUCUAUCAUAAAAAGUCUCGUACCGGAUGUACGCGAUGUAAGCAGAGACGAGUCAAGUGUGAUGAAACUCGACCAAGCUGUGGCUCUUGCUCAAGACAUGCGGUUGAGUGCGUGUAUUUGACUACGAGCCAGGCGUCUUCAGCAGCCGCCGGCAGAUCAAAGUCGGCUACCCGGCACGAUAGUAGGCCAACCGGUCACUCUACAGCUUCCAGCAGCAGGUUAGUACCUACUUACGACGACGCUUCACGUCAGUCGCCAGUGAGUAAUGCGCCUGGUCUUUUCAGCAACGAUAUCAAGCCGGUGGUGUAUUCACCAAAUGGCCCAGGAUUUUACUCCUCGCCGUCUUCGUCUUAUGUUACCCCUGCAGAUGAUGGCUCAGAUGUCGAAGUCAACCUACCCGAGGGACCAUGGCGACGGUUCUGGGAAUUACGCUUGCUAUACAAUUAUUAUGCGAACAUGUCGCAGCCGUUUUCGAUACCACAAAACCAGGAGAUCACAUACAUGUGGCAACACGAAAUCCCCGAGCUAGCCACCCGCAUGGCAAUUCAGCAAAAUCGAUCCGCUUUACUUUAUGUGAUAUUUGCUAACUCGGCUCUAUAUCUUUGGAAGGAAAGCACGGACAAACAGGAGCGAAUCGAACUUAUGAAAUUGCAACAGGCCUACCAUGUCAUGUGUAGUAGAGAACAGCGGCGCGAUAUCGAUGAUUUAUUGCCGAGGAUGUCUCAAAAUGCCCUCUUCAUCUGUUUCACUAGUAUUCGGAUGCUGGCACAUUCGAUAGGCCUAGUUCAAACAAUGGCCGUAGAUCCUUGGGAGCCCCCGGUCCAGUGGUUGCAUAUGGGACGUGGGGCAGGCGAGAUAUUAAAAAUGGCUGGAAAGUUGGCCGAUCCGGAGAACGCCCAGAGGAUUGCGGCGUUUGAGAAAGGGCCACCAGAUUUAAGUAAUAGUAAGGAGUUGAUUACUUCUGAUCAUAGCUCGCUCGAUUGGCUCCUAGAACAUCCCGCCGGACCCGGAUCGAAUGCGGCGCAAGAGGACCACGAGCUAGAUGAUGAAAAUGCGAGACGGGUAUACGAAAGUGCUCUGUCGUACACGUGCACGAUACACAGAGCACUUGCCGAUGGUGAACGAGAUUAUGCUGUUGUAAGGAGGUUCGGUGGCUUUGCUAUCUACGUGCCAGCUGAGUUCACCAAAUUCGUAGAGGAAAGGAGGCCGAGAGCUAUGGUGAUAUUAGCACAUUUUAUGGCCCUGUGGAUAGGCUUCGAGCACAUAUGGAUGAUCGGCCGAGCUGGCGAGUUGCAGGUUAGGGGCAUAUAUAAGGCUUUGCCAAUAGAAUGGAGUAGCAAGCUUGACGGCCUAGUUGCGAGGUUUAAGCCGCCGGAUGUAGGUACAUAGGUUAAGCUAGAUCUUUCCUAAGUAGCAAGCCCUGACUUGUAAAUUAAGGCAUGUACUAUUUGAAGAGGAACGCCCAGCACUUUAUGUUCUUAUGAUGUGAUGUCGCAUAGC